ACAGUAAAAGUGAAAGGAAAUCCGGUCCAAACAAAAAACGGAACAAAAACACACCUUUAUGCCACGUUGAAGAGGAGCAGCUGAUAAGGAAGAAUGGAGAUCAUCACCAAAACAAAAGUGAAACUUAUUGAAUGGUUAUGCGGAGAGGAACUCAUUCUCCAGCAUGUUCGUGCCCAGAAUCUGAUAACCACUACUGAAUACAUGAAGGUCAAAAGUAUCCGAGAUCCCACCGAGAAAAUUAUAGAGCUCUUGGACCUGAUUAUGAAAAAGGGAGAGUCGCGUUGCAUCGCUUUUCUAGAGCUGCUCAAGAGAGAUGAUGUGAAUGAAUCAAGGCCGGGGCUCAGGGAGUGGAUAACAGCAAUCAACACCUCAGGUGCCUACGUUUCUGAAGAAGAGAAAAACCGUGCUCCAGGUGACAAGAACUUGAGCUUUCCUCAGCCUAACCAAAAUAACACACUGAAGCUGGAGCAAUAUGGCAUGAAGGGAGACUGGAGAGGAUUUGCCUUGAUCAUCAACAACUAUGAUUUCUCACAAUGUCCAGAUUUGAAUAACAGAGAAGGGACAGACAUAGAUGAGAAGAGUUUAGCUGCUGUGUUCAAGUGGCUCGGGUUUGAAACUGUGAUAAAGCAGGACUGCAAUAAGGACUGCAUGCUGAGUGCUCUGGAUGAACUGCGCAGUCGAGAUCACACUCAAGCCGACUGCGUGGUGUGCUGUGUGCUGACUCAUGGAUUUGGAGGUGGUCUGUAUGGGGUGGAUGGAGGGGAAGUCUUGCUAAAGGAGCUGAUGGAGAGACUGAAUGGUCAUCAUUGCCCUUCCCUCAAAGAAAAGCCCAAACUCUUCUUCAUCCAGGCCUGUCAGGGCAAUCAACAUCAGCAGGUGGUCUUCCUUCAGCCGGAUAGUUCUAACAGCACCUCAGAUAUGGAAACGGGCCUCUUCUGUGAUACUGAAGAACCCAGGAAGACCAUACCUGCAGAGGCCAACUACCUAUUGGCCAAGGCAACGGUGCCAGGUUAUGUCUCAUACAGAGAGAAAUUUAAAGGAACCUGGUUCAUACAGUCACUGUGUCAGAACCUGCAGAAGCUUGUUCCCAGUGGUAUUGAUCUACUGUCCAUCCUGACUAAAGUGAACAACGAAGUGAGCCAGAAGGCUGACAGAAGUGGAACCAGGAAGCAGAUGCCACAGCCAGAAUACACACUGACGAAGAGAGUGGUGUUCCCUGUACCAAAAACACCUAUGCCCUUUUAGAAAACACUUUAAUCUCAUACCUUUAUGGAUGAACUAAUCAUUUACCUAUUAGUUAUUCAUGUACUAUCAUUAGUUAAUUUUCUAAUUAACUAUAUUAAUAUAACUUUGAGGGGUACUUAAAGCUAGACGGCCUUUCGAGUUAAUAAAAUUGGUGAAAGUUCCCUUUGAAA